AUGCAUGCUUCUAAGCUGCCUACACUCAGUCCUCCUGCAAUCAGCAUACCUGAGCCGGAUCACUUGGUGCUAGAAGAAUCAUCCCGUGGUGAAAUCGAAUCUGCCUUGACUUAUGGGCGGUUGGGCGGCCAUCAUCCUAUUCAUCUUGGCGAUCAUCUUGGAGACGGUCGAUACCGCAUCAUUCACAAGCUAGGCAGUGGGGGGUUCGCAAACGUCUGGCUUUGUCGGGAUAUGAAAUCUCGGGAAAUAACCAAGUAUGUCGCGCUGAAGGUGCUGUUAUCGGGUGCGUCGGUGGGGGAUGACUGUGACGAAAUGCGAGUGAGCAAGAUGCUCGGGAAAUUGCACUUGGACAUGGAUCAAGAGGCUGGUGCAAAAUACAUAUGCCUGCCUUCAGAUCACUUCGAGAUCGAUGGCCCCAAUGGAUCUCACCGUUGCUUCGUCUACCCAGUCCUUGGUCCGACAGUCACUGCUCCUAUUUUGCGCAAGUUUGAAUCUCCCGACAAGGUUUUGAGAAAUAUUUGCCUCAAAGUAGUGCAGGCCAUAGAUUUUCUCCACGGUCAUGGAAUAUGUCACGGUGACCUCACUCCGUUCAAUAUACUUUUACAAACUUCUGGCCUCGAUGGCCUCUCAGAAGAUGAAAUAAUUCACAUGCUCGGGGAACCAAGAAAGGUGAGAGUCCUGACACAGUCUGGCGAGAACCCUACGGAGCCAACGGCCCCAAAAUACCUUGUCCGCCCGGUAGACUGGAACUCAACCUCGAUUGAUCUCAAAUUUGUGAGCGACCAACCUUGCGUUAUUGAUCUGGGUCAAUCAUUCCAGGUCACGGAUCCGCCUAGAGAUUUUGCUCUUACUCCAGAACCAUAUCAAUCACCUGAGUUAAUGUUAGACAAGGCACUUGGGCUCGGCUGUGACCUAUGGGCGCUGGGUUGCACAUUGUUUGAGAUUCGAACCGGAGGACGCCUGUUCGGAAAGUGGGCUAACACUGACGAUGCCUAUCUCUGCGAUAUGGCUAAUACACUGGGAAAAUUUCCCGAACCGUGGUGGUCGACAACCUGGGAGAGUCGAAAGAAAUGGUACAAGGACGAAGUGGACUCCCAGGGCCGUGUAAUCUCCAUUCUGAACGACCUCGCCAAAGACAACGUGGUCCCAGAGGAACCAGAAUCUAACCGCGAUAUUCAUCCCUCUGGGUCAUUACAGGGGAAGUUAGCUCAGGGUCUCCGGUACGAGGUUGGGUGGCCAAGUUGGGACUCUUUUAGUCGCGAUAUUUCUGCAGAUGAAAUAGAGAUGUUUUCGGAUCUUCUUGGCAAGCUCGUAAAAUUCGAUCCGAAGGACCGCCUCACUGCGAAAGCUGCGCAAGAUCACGAAUGGUUCAAGAUGUAA